GGCCUCUGCGCGCGGUCGCACACUGUGUGCGAAACCGGCCUGUGAGGUGGGCCGGCCCGGCGUGUUUAGCCGAGGGAGCUUCCGCGGCGGCGGAGGAUGGAGGCGGUGGUGUUCGUCUUUUCUCUGUUGGACUGCUGCGCGCUAAUCUUCCUCUCCGUGUACUUCAUUAUUACAUUGUCUGAUUUAGAAUGUGAUUAUAUUAAUGCUAGAUCAUGUUGCUCAAAAUUAAACAAGUGGGUAAUUCCAGAAAUGAUCGGCCAUUCGAUUGUCAGCGUAUUGAUGCUUGUCUCACUGCACUGGUUUAUCUUCCUUCUCAACUUACCUGUUGCCACUUGGAAUAUAUAUCGGUUCAUUAUGGUGCCAAGUGGCAACAUGGGAGUGUUUGACCCAACAGAAAUACACAAUCGAGGGCAGCUGAAGUCACACAUGAAAGAAGCCAUGAUCAAACUUGGUUUCCACUUGCUUUGUUUCUUCAUGUAUCUUUAUAGUAUGAUUUUAGCUUUGAUAAAUGACUGAAGCUGGAGAAGCCAUGGUUGAAGGCAGCCUACCCUACAGUGCACAGUGUUGGAGCCAGAGAUUGCUUAAACCAUCCUUAGACCAUGACCAUAGCAGUAUAUAUUUUCAUCUUUGAACAAAAACUAUUUUUGCUGUAUUUUUACCAUAUAAAGUAUUUAAAAAAUA